AUGACUACCGUUCAGAAAAUAAAGGAAAUCGAAGAUGAGAUGGCCAAAACCCAAAAGAAUAAGGCCACGAGCUACCACCUGGGCCAGCUCAAGGCGAAGCUCGCCAAACUCCGACGGGAACUCAUCGCCCCUCCGAGCACCGGUGGAGGCGGAGGCGGCGUCGGCUUCGAUGUCGCGCGAACGGGUAUAGCAUCAGUAGGUUUCGUCGGCUUUCCUUCAGUCGGAAAGUCGACGCUCAUGUCAAAAAUGACUGGCACGCACUCUGAAGUUUCCGCGAUCGACUUCACGACCCUAACGACAGUACCGGGAACGAUCAAAGUCCAUGGGGCACCAAUACAAAUUCUAGAUCUGCCUGGUAUCAUUGAGGGUGCUGCAGACGGUCGCGGUCGUGGAAAGCAAGUCAUCGCCGUCGCAAGAACGUGUAACCUCAUCUUCAUCGUUCUUGACGUCCUCAAGCCUCUCGGCGACAAGAAGAUCAUCGAACAAGAACUCGAAGGCUUCGGCAUCCGCCUGAAUAAGAAGCCUCCAUCCAUUCUCGUCCGUCGGAAGGAAAAGGGCGGCAUAGCGAUCACCAACACCGUCCCUCUCACCAACAUCGACCACGACGAUAUCAAGGGUAUAUGUAGCGAAUACAAGCUCAAUAAUGUCGACAUCGCCAUCCGCGAGCCUAACGCAACAGUCGACGACCUCGUCGACGUGAUUGAGGGCAACCGCGUCUACAUCCCUGCCAUCUACGUGCUGAACAAAAUCGACGCAAUCUCCAUCGAAGAGCUCGAUCUCCUGUACAAGAUCCCGUACUCCGUGCCCGUCUCCUCUGGCCAAUGGCUCAACGUCGACGAGCUGAUCGAGAAGAUGUGGGAGGCGCUGAGGCUUGUGCGGGUGUACACCAAGCCGCGCGGAUUGGCACCGGAUUAUACUCAGCCGGUUGUGUUGAGGACGGGGAAGAGCACUGUGGAGGACUUCUGUAACAGCAUUCACAAGGAGAUUGCGAAGCAGAUGAAGUAUGCCAUCGUGUGGGGAUCAAGCGCGAAACAUGCGCGUGGACAGAAGGUUGGGUUGGAGCAUGUACUCCAGGACGAGGACGUUGUUCACAUCGCAAAGAAGUAG